AUGAUUUUUCUGCCCACCAGUACAUAUAUAUUUUUUUCUUGUUCCACAACUUUUUGCGUGGAGUUACCACGGAACGCGUCAACAUUUUUUUUGCUUUUUGUGGAAGCCUCUUUUUACCUUUUUUCUUUUUUUUUUUCUAAAUUGUUUUGGAAGUUUUUGGCAAGGGAAAUGGUUACCAUGUCCAAUGAGCGUUUGGAAUUUAUGCGGCAUCUCGGUAUCACAGAGGAAGAUGUAAUGGAUCCUUUGUUGGUGAAAGGCGCGAAUGGGAAUAAGAAAGGAUUUAAUGAAAGCCGUUUGGACGGUGGCCGGACUCGUGAAACCUCUCUGGAUGUGAAUUUUGUCAAUACGUCUAGCACGGCAUUUCCGAUUGUUGAUUCAUCUGAAUCCAACGUGAAGCCUUUAAAAAAAGAUAAGACGCCUCAAUGUAAGGGAAAUAAUGGAAUAUCUACAGCUGGACUUUCACCUGAGCAGUUGAAGGUCGAUGGAAACCGGGCAUUUGGGGAGGGACGCUACCGCGAGGCAUUAAACUACUACACGGAUGCCAUAGAGCUUCUUCUUGAAGAAGGUAAUUACCAAUUGAGAGAGAAGGGUCAUCUAAAUGCGAAGAGUAAUGGGAUCAUUGCAUCUGGAUUUGGUGCUUGUGAUCCAAGGACCGUUUUGCUUGCUGCCUUGUUCAGUAAUCGGUCGGCUUGCUAUCUCCAGGCUGCAAAACAAAUAGGAGCAGCUGAAGCUCUUGAAAGUGCCAUCCGAGAUGCGGAUCGCGCGGUUGAGCUCCGCCCAACGUGGUUUAAGGGCUAUUCUCGUCAAGGUGAUGCAUUUUUCAAGAUGAAGAAAUACAGUCAGGCAGUAGAGGCGUAUGAAAUGGCAUUGCAGUUCGACCCUGGGAACAACAAUCUUCUUCAGUCGGUAGAGGAAGCUCGUCAGCGUAGUGCGACAAAGGCUCGGGAGAGUGUACAGAGCAUAAAAAAACAAGCCACUGUUUCACGUGGGGAGAGAAAUGCCGCCUCGGUUAAAUUUGUUCCAGUUGCGGUUCCCGCAUCUGCUAAUGUUUCUUGCAACAAUACAUCUAUGGGGAGGCGUGAUAAUGUACAGUUCAAAACUACUGCGCGCCAGCUUUGGAAUGAAUUUAAACCCGAGGUUGAAGCUUCUGUUCACCAACCUACUGGUGAUGACUACAGAAAAGAACAAUUGCGAUUAUUUCGCGAGCAGAAAGAGCGGGAGAGGAAUGGAGUUGCAAUACCACCCAGUGGUGAUAACCGCAGCAACGAAGAAUCACCUUUGAAGGGGAAUGCGACAGAACAGAAAUGUUCGGGAGUUAAUGUUUCAGGAACCAACACAACUCCCAGGAGGGGGCGACUUGACUUUAUACCGCAGGAGUUUUCAUCAGAUGCAGCUGCGGCAUACCAGCAGCGUCUUCUUGAAGAAUAUAGGCGGAGAAAAGCACAACGUAUGUAG